AUGAGCGGUGUAUCGUCGGAGGAAUCUCCCGAUUCAACUCAGCGGAUCGAUUCCUUCAACGGCGAGCAGAGAGUCUACUUCGUCCCGUUGAGGUGGUGGAAAGAUGCUCAAGAUUCAAUGCCUUCUGAAUCAGUUGAAAAAAGAGAGGUCUUGUAUACAGCAACGAAUGGGUCGUCUUAUGGAGGCCCAAUGAAGUUGAUAAAUAACAUCUUUAACUCUGAUAUUUUGUUCGAUCUGAGGAGAGAAGAAGAUGCAUUACCGAAUGGUGAAACGGGAGAAGCAAGCAUCUCAGGCAGGGACUUUGCUUUGGUCUCAAGUGAUAUGUGGCUUCAGGCACUUAAAUGGCAUCAUGAUGAUAAAAAUACUGAGAAAGGCGUAAAAAGUUUCUCGGCCGGAGGAGUUGACAGAGGUGAUGUUUAUCCAGUACAACUCAGGCUCACCAUUUUGCAGGAAACCAAUUCAUUAGCUGUUAAAAUUUGCAAAAAGGACAAUUCAGUUGAGUGCUUCAGAAGAGCAUGCAAGAUAUUCAGUUUGGAUUCUGAGCAGUUGCGCAUUUGGGAUAUUUCUGGCCAGACAACCUUGUUUUUUGAAAGUGAUGUGAGCAAUUCCAAGGAUUGUCAACAGCAAACAGAUCAGGAAAUUCUCCUAGAGCUGCAGAUAUAUGGGUUAUCAGACUCCAUCAAAUUGAAGGAAUCGAAAAAGGAAGAUGGUUCUACACAGCAAACUAAUGGGAUUACCAAUGGCAUUAAUGGUGGCACAACGUUCAGAUUUGGACGGAGUAAUUCUUUGAGUUUUUUGGCAAAAGCUGGAGAGGCUGGAACUUUGGGGUUGACAGGCUUGCAGAAUCUAGGAAAUACUUGUUUCAUGAACAGUUCCCUUCAGUGCUUGGCUCACACACCAAAGCUUGUUGACUUCUUUCUUGGAGAGUACAGUAGAGAAAUAAAUCUUGACAACCCAUUAGGAAUGAAAGGUGAGAUCGCCUUAGCUUUCGGUGACCUGCUAAGGAGUUUGUGGGCUCCAGGUGCAUCAACAAUGGCCCCAAGGACAUUUAAAGCAAAACUUGCUCGAUUUGCUCCUCAGUUUAGUGGCUUUAAUCAGCAUGAUUCGCAGGAACUUCUAGCAUUCUUGCUAGAUGGACUCCACGAGGACUUAAACCGUGUAAAGAACAAGCCUUAUGUGGAGGCAAAAGAUGGAGAUGGCCGUCUAGACGAAGAAGUGGCUGAUGAAUAUUGGCGAAAUCAUGUGGCUCGCAAUGAUUCAAUAAUUGUUGAUGUUUGCCAAGGCCAAUACAAGUCAACAUUAGUUUGUCCUAUCUGCAAAAAGGUUUCUGUUAUGUUCGAUCCAUUCAUGUACCUAUCGCUACCUUUGCCAUGCACUUCAAUGCGAACAAUGGAUUUAACAGUCAUGAGUGCCGAUGGUGGUAGUUUGCCUGUUUCAUUGACUGUUAAUGUUCCUAAGUUUGGAAAAUUUGAAGAUCUUCAGAAAGCUCUUGUUACUGCCUGCUCUUUACCAGAGGAUGAGACUUUACUGGUUACUGAGGUAUACAACAAUCGGAUUAUUCGCUUCCUGGAGGAGCCUACUGAUUCAUUAACCUUGAUCAGAGAUGGUGACAAACUUGUCGUAUAUCGGUUAAAGAAAGAUGCAAACAAUUCUCCUUUGAUUGUGUUUGUGCAUCAAAAGCUGGAAGAGCAGUUUAUCCUUGGAAAAUCAAGCCCAACUUGGAAGGCAUUUGGAAUCCCCUUGGUCUCAAGGCUUGAUGAUGUCGAGAAUGGAUCUGAUGUUGAGAACCUCUACCUGCAAUUGCUUAGUUCGUUUAAGAUGCCUACUGAAUUCUUUGCAGAUAAUUUUGGAAAUCCGAUUGAAGAAGAAGCCCCUGAUAAAGCAGCUACCGAUGAUACUACUUCAGUUGAGGAUACAAAUUCCACUGAUGUGAAGGAGACUACUGCGUCUCUUGCAGACCCUGUGAAGGAGACUACUGAGUCUCUUGCAGACCCUGUGAAGGAGACUACUGAGUCUCUUCCAGACCCUGUGUUGAGACUGUACCUAACCGACGACAAAGGAAACUUAAUAGAAUCUGAAAUAUUGAAAGAAAAGUCUGUAAAUAUUAAAUCCAAGCGCGUGAAUGUGCUUGCGCGUUGGCCAGUAAAAGAGCUAGACGUUUAUGAUACUUGUCUUCUGAGCUCCUUACCUGAUGUUUCUAAAUUUGGAACUAAGAGACCCCAGGAAUCUGUUUCACUUUACAAGUGCCUUGAAGCAUUCUUGACGGAGGAGCCUCUUGGUCCUGAUGACAUGUGGUAUUGUCCUGGCUGCAAAGAGCACCGACAAGCCAUAAAAAAGUUAGAUCUCUGGAGGUUGCCAGAGAUCCUGGUUAUUCAUUUGAAGAGGUUUUCUUAUAGCCGGUUUAUGAAGAACAAGCUGGAGGCUUAUGUGGACUUCCCGUUAGAUGAUCUUGAUCUAUCAAGCUACAUCUCCUACAAGAAUGGUCAGACAACAUAUCGCUACAUGCUUUAUGCAAUUAGCAAUCACUAUGGGAGCAUGGGAGGUGGUCAUUACACUGCAUAUGUCCAUCAUGGAGGUGAUAGAUGGUAUGACUUUGAUGAUAGCCAUGUAACCCCAAUCAGCCAAGAAAAGAUCAAGACCUCGGCUGCUUAUGUUCUGUUCUAUAAACGUUUGGUAGACGACAAAUGA